CGCGUGGUGCCGUGCCGCGCCACGGCUAGAAGAAGAGCUAGCUGUGCCUUGUCAGCUGUAUAACUGUUCGAGUACUACGUGCCUCUCCACUACUUGAUCCGACAUUCCAGGGCGCCACCUCCCCUCCAAUAUCCGCCUUCUCCGGCCGGCCGCUCCACCCAAUUCGUCCUCCUCCCCGCCUCCUUCCCCGCCUCCCGAUCUCGACAUGAGCGACGCCACCACGGCCGCCGCCGGAGCCGGAGACCACGCCGCCGCGCAAAAGCCACCACCGGCCGCCCCGUCGCCAGAGGCCACGGCGGCGGCGCAGCAGCAGCAAUCGCGGCUGGACGACGACCAGCUGGAGGAGCUGCGGGAGAUCUUCCGCUCCUUCGACCGCAACGCCGACGGCAGCCUCACGCAGCUGGAGCUGGGCUCCCUGCUCCGGUCCCUGGGCCUCACGCCCAGCACCGACCAGCUCGACGCGCUCAUCUCCCGCGCCGACACCAACUCCAACGGCCUCGUCGAGUUCUCCGAGUUCGUCGCGCUCGUGGCCCCCGACCUCCUCGUCGACCGAUCCCCGUACUCCGAGGACCAGCUCCGGAAGCUCUUCUCCAUCUUCGACCGCGACGGCAACGGCUUCAUCACCGCGGCCGAGCUCGCGCACUCCAUGGCCAAGCUCGGCCACGCGCUCACCGUCAAGGAGCUCACGGGGAUGAUCAAGGAGGCCGACACCGACGGCGACGGCCGGAUCAACUUCCAGGAGUUCUCGCGCGCCAUCACCGCCGCGGCGUUCGACAACAUCUUCUCCUGACCGGCCGAUUCCCACGAUCCGCAUGCGCGUGCCGACUCCUAUCUCGACCAUGCCAGUUUUCACUUUGUUCUUUUUUUUUUCUGGGAGGAGAUUAAUUUAGGAAGCCAUAGAUGAGGUGUGGUGUUCUUGUGAAUAACAGACGAAAAAAAGGUCAAUUUAGGGACAAAUUACAUGCGUGAUUGAUCUAUUUCUCUGUCGUGCUGGAUCUUCUCGAAUGAUUGAUGAGUCUAUGGGCGGCAAUCAUCACCGCCUUUUUU